AUUGAACACGCUUAAUUCAUUGCGCAAUUCGCAGUAUAUUCAGAUUAUGGUUUGAAAAUACCAAUAAAUCCUAUCCAUCUAUGUGUUAUUUGAGUUUGUUGCGAGGAUCCAAAUUGAUUACCUAACACUUGCCCUUCUGAACGAAAAUAACAAAAACAACCUAGCGAUUGAUUUGGUUUCUCAAAGCCAACUCUUUAUUUAUAUUUAUAUCUUUAUCUCUUUAUAAAGAUUAGAACAAAAAGACAGUAUUUUAGUAUAUUUUUUUUGGUACGUAUGAAAGAUGGCUCAGAUGUCAUUUAUAUAUACUCUCUUUCUCAUCGACAAUCCUCAAGAUCUCAAUUUUGAAUGUAUGUAUUCUUGGAAGCAGUUAACUAUACCUGCAAGUUCUAUUGUAGGUAUCACACACAGACAGACAGAAAUAAUAUGAAUCCAUCUGCCUGGAGCAACCCGCCUCCUCCGGGACUAGACAUGGAUGAAGAGAGUAAACAGUCCACUGUUUCAUCGAGAAGUAUAACGAGCUCUAUAAUAGAUCAGAUCGAUCCAUUUAUAAAGAAUCCGGAGUACAUAAAGUACAAGAAAAGCUUGAGCAGGGAACGGGGUCACAGGAGAUCCAGGAGCAGGUCACAUGAAAGGUUUCGUUCCAGAUCUAGGGAGAGGCGCAGGCGAAGAAGGUCUCGUAGUCGGAGGAGAUCCGGGAGCCGCUCCAGAGGUCACCGUCGCAGGUACUCUUCCAGCCGCUCCAGGAGUUCAUCUUACGAAAGACGAUCUCGCCACAAAAGAAAGCGCUCUCGUAGAUCUCGGAGUCGUUCCCGCGGGAGUCGCUACAAAUGCGAAAAGAGGAAAGAAGACCGCAGAUCAGCCUCGCCGUAUUCCCCGAGCAAUCUGAACGAUUCCUUCGAGAAUGAUCCGGAACAUGAGGAAGAGGAGGAGGAAGAACAGGAUCCGAGCAAAGAGAACGCAUUUAAAAACGACGGCUCAUUCCUAGAGAUGUUUAAGAAAAUGCAGGAGGAGAAAGAGCAAGCAGAAAAUGCCGUAAAGCCGGGCACAUCCAGUGAACAGCCUAAGAAGGUCCUGCCGGCAUUCGGCAAACGCAGAGGAGGCAGGGUUCUUAAAACAGGGAUGGUUGAAAAGACUAGAAACAGUGAUGAAGAUGAGCUAGCUAAAGCACAAGACCCAUGGUCGAUUUAUUUAAAAGAAGUCAAGAAAUACAAGGAAGCCUGCUGUGAUGAUGACCUAAAAACACGACCUCUAAUCAAAUAAACUAUUUUUUCUACU